CUUGGACUCGUGCACUACGCCCUGACGCACGGCCAGCCGGUCAAUUCGCUAUUGCACGGCUGUCUCCCCCUCCAUGCGGCGUGCUCGGGCGGCAGCGUAAGCGUAGUGCGUAUGCUCAUCGACCGCGGCGCAGACGUCAACGCCCCUCGUCUUCCCCGACGCUACUCAGACAACGGCAAACGAGGGAACAACGUUCCCGCCGUUGGAACAGUCGGCUCGACUCCUCUCCACUUUGCCGCGGCCAAUGGGCACAAAGCCGUUGUCCAGAUUCUUCUGGGGUGUGGCGCUGUCUCCGACAAGCUGGACAAGAAUGGCCUGACACCGGAAGACUUGGCAGAGAUCAGCGGGUAUAACGAGAUUGUACACGCCAUCCGAUUAUGGUCUCACGUCCACGAGCGGCCUGGGUCCUCGAUGUCUGCUGUCUCCGAACCGGAUGCGUCUGCGCGCGUGCACGGAGCGGACGCGGGGGGCAUCAACGGCGCAGGUACCGCGUCCGAAACGGACGUGCUAGUAUCGCGGAAGGGCAAGGAGCGGGCUAGCAGCAUGGUCAGCGUCGCCUCCGAAAAGGCUCGCCUGUUCCGCUCCAGCCUUGAGAUGGGUUUCCGAGGAGGAAGGACCAGUGCUCCAUCGCCAGACGACAGCAGCUCGACUACCCGCGCUGCCAGCUUCCUCAGCGAUGGCACAACUACCCCAUCCGGCAGACCAGAACUGUCAUUGGUGCCAACACCAGCCGUUGACGUCGAUGGUCCCAAUUGCGCCCUCCCAUCCCCAUCCCCCAUAUCGCCAGCCUCCAACAGCAUAGUGGAUGACGAAGGACCCAGCCUCCCCAACGGCAGUGGCAUCAAAACGCCCGUCCCCGAUCAGGAAUCUCCGUCCAACCCAACCCUGUCCCCAUCUUCGUCUUACAACGUUCUAAAGUCAUCAAGAAGACCGUCCCUCCCUUCCAUACUCGAGAAGGCCGCACACCCUGGUGUAGCAUUCCGCACGGCGAUGCGCAAGACCGAGAAGGAUUCUUCGCCGUCCAUCACAGAAUCAGACCUGACGUCACCGAUCACUCCCUCGUCUGGUAUCUUCGGCCGAGGGCGCAACAGGACCACGGAGACGGUACAGCGCACCAAGUCGCAGAAGCGCGCUUUACUGAAGCUGUUCCGACGCGGGCAGUCGCCACAUUCCCGUAGCCCUAGUCCACCGAAGCGUCAAGAACCGUCCUUCCCUCGCCCAGUUCCCACUGAGCAGUUGGAGGAGAGCAUUGCGCGCCUCAAAAGGGCGAGCAUGGAUCCUGAAAUGAUGCAGAUGGCCACGGACGUCCUACGGCUUGGUGACCAGCUCGAGGCUGCAGCCUCCAUCUCCGCGCCAGUCACGAAGACGCGCUUCUUUGGCGAUCUACCCACAAGCCCUUCCUCGCGCAGUAUGUCUUCCGAACGUCCAGCAACGAGUAUUCCACCGCCACCUGCAUCAAAUGAGCGAGGUUGGGACUCGCGCCGCAGGAACGUCGGUGGGGUGAUCAGCCCCAGUCCCUUGGCAAACACAUGGGGAGAAGAGAGUGACGAGGAUGCGCGGAAGGCGUCCGUGCGGCGAAGUGUCACCGAGGUGGUGCGAAAGCCUAUCUCGAGAGAUGCGCCACGCCGCAUGCCUUCCCUUCCUGCCAUGCCUGGCUCGACAGCGGCGAGGCGAAGAUCUAGGGUAGUCCCCAGUGGAAAUUCACCACCAACGGACACCUCCGGUGAACUCGGCGGGCCAUCUAGCGACAGCGCUUCACUAGGUGAAUCUGAUGAGGUCGCUGGUGUGAGCACCACACCUGCCACGGAACCCUCGCCGUUCGAAGACAAAGCUCGUCUCGAGGAUAGCGAGGACGAGGGCGAUGUGACCAUUACCGCGCCUCCGCAUGCCUUGGACAUCGCCCCACCAUCGCCCACCGCGGGCGAGGGCGCCAUGCCAGUUGGCAAUGCUGUAUUCAACCGCAACUCCACCGCGGACACCCUCCUCCCUCCUGGGUCCGACGGGAAUCUCAGCCACUUCCGUGGUGGGAGUGUGAGCUCGCAGCUCACCGACUCCAUUUCCACACCUCCGUCGUCAAGAUUGAUGACACCUCCAGGCUCCGGCAGCAACCGUGUACCUCCCGACACUGACUUGAGAUCUCUUGGGCUGCUGCCCGAUACUCCUGAGACUAAUCGUACGCGACAGAGUUCGAUCAAGGCGGCGACCAUGGCCGCCCUUGGCUCCGGAUUGCCUUCAGAGCGUGCAGGCCCUUCAUCUCUGCCGUCGGAGAGACUCCUAGCUUCGCAUGUACCAGAGCGGCGGUCUCCUCUACAGCGUUCGGCCUCACAGAGGUCUUCGCCUACGCCGACCCCACCGCGUGGCGUACCACACCGUUCGGCGUCGCAACGGUCCUCAUCGCAGCGGUCAUCCUCCCAGCGGUCCACGCUGGACGGACCGAUUCACGAGGGACGGCCUCUUCGCCCACCACAGCGCAAGAUUUCGAAUCAUGCAGAGGCCUGUGACGCACGUGAGCAGGACGAACGAGACGUGUUGAGUAUUGCGCAGCUUCCCAACUCUGAACUGUCAAGUCGUACGCUCGCCGAUCAGCUGGCAGCGUACGGCGAGAGUUACGCGCUAGCAGAGGAGUUCGCGCGCGUCGAGGGCAUGAGCUCAGUGAGCAGCGGGUCCGACCGCCGUUCCUCUCAACGGCACAGUGCGAUGAGCUCGGGGUCUACAACGAGCCGCAGCGGGACUGAGGUCACCCACCGCGGCAGUUCUGGCUUCAUCCCACGUGCACCGCCGACUGUGGAUUCGUCUGUCAGCCGCAUUUACGAGCGCCGCGAAUCGGCGUACCGCGAUCGAAUGUCGACUUUGACUACCUCAUCGACAAUGCAUGGAUUCCACCAGCGCUCUAUGAGCGCUACUUCGCGCUCUCGAGCCACAUCGGCCAGCGACAUGUGGCUGACCGCCGGGCCGUCUGCUGCGGCAGCACACCCCAGGCGGCUGACCGAUCCGAUAGGUUCCAGUCCCAAGGAUCUUGACUCAAAUCCGCACAUCUCCGGCCCACUGCCGAUGGUGUCGGAUAUGACGCGCUCGCGCAAGAACUCGCUGUCGUCGCGCACCUCGCCCAUGGCGGUCAUCAAGGCAGGAGUGCCGUCGAGUGUGUCGCCGCGGAACUCGCAGCAUGGCACGAUGCUCUCCUCGAUGCCGCGGCGCAACGGGCACCUGUCGCGCGCUACCUCGCUCAGCCUGUCGGAGGGCACGCCGCGAUACGUGGGUCUGGCGCAGGCGCGCGCAUUUGCGGCCCAAUCCUCCAGCCAUAAGGGUACAAGCAGCAUCAUGGCGUCGCGCCAGCCCCACAUUCCAUCUGACUCGGGCGAAGAUGAAGAUGAGGACGAAUUGGAGCCGGAGCCCCCCUUCGGCCUCGGCGACGUAAGCCAGUGGCAGCACGGACUGCACAAGCCUGGCAAGUGGGGCCAGUUCAAGGGCCACAUCAAGGCCGGGAGCGUCGGCGCAGGACAGUUCAAAGGCGUAGUGGGCAAUGCCGUCGGCGCUGUCGGCGGGCAGAUCAGAGGCGCAGCGGGCCAUCUACGUCGCUAGCGCUUUCCAGUUGUAACACUAGUCUCCGGUUGUCACGGGCUCGUACACUUAUGCAUG